GACCGGUAGGGUUUUAGAGAUCACGGCGCCAUGGGAGAGGCGUUGCUCGAAGCUGGCGGCGAAUCGAUGCUCCCGCCACAGGCGUUCCUGGAGCGGCUCAAGGAUUUCGGGCAGGAGCACACGCUGGGGCGCUGGAAGGAGCUGAACGAGGUGGAGCGCGACGAGCUGAUCUGCGAAUUGGAGGCGGUAGAUCUUCCUCGCGUCUCGCGGAUUGCGAGGAAGACACUACAGCGCGGAGAUUCUCUGAGAAAUCCAGUGCCGCUAGCAGAAGCGUCGGUGUCUUGUAUUGAAGAAAGGACUGCCCAGGAAAGGGAAAGAUGGUGGGGAUUGGGCUUGAAGGCGAUCUCCGAAGGAAAACUGGCGGUGCUGCUAUUGUCAGGGGGCCAGGGCACACGCUUGGGUAGUAAUGAUCCAAAGGGAUGCAUUAAUAUCGGUUUGCCUUCGGGAAAGUCACUGUUUCAGCUCCAGGCAGAGAGAAUUUUGAGAAUACAAAAACUAGCCUCGAAUCGGGCUGGCUCAGGAAGGCUAGUCAUGAUCCCAUGGUACAUUAUGACGAGUCCAUUUACAGACACCGCUACUCGGCAAUUCUUUGAAGCCAAAAAGUACUUUGGUCUUGAAGCACAACAGGUAAUCUUCUUUCAACAAGGGACGCUUCCUUGCGUGACGAAGGAAGGGAAAAUUAUCAUGGAAUCUGCCUGUAAGAUUUCAAGGGCCCCAGACGGAAAUGGUGGAGUCUACGCAGCUUUGAAGACCUCGGGCCAUUUGGAAGAUAUGGCCAAGAGAGGCAUUCAUUACGUGGAUUGUUUCAGUGUAGACAAUGCUCUGGUUCGGGUAGCAGACCCACUCUUUCUAGGCUACUGCAUCGAUAGAAACGUCAGCUGUGCUGCCAAAGCUGUGAAGAAGUUGUAUCCUCAAGAAAGAGUUGGAGUCUUCGUGAGACGUGCAAAGAACGGACCUGUGGCCGUCUUGGAAUACAGUGAGCUGGAUCCUGCUCUCGCUUCCUCGGUCAACCAAGAGACAGGACGAUUGAACUUUAAAUGGAGCAAUAUUUGUAUGCAAAUGUACUCCUUAGAGUUUUUGGCUGCAGUGACGGAUGAAUUGGAGCAAGACAGCAUAUAUCAUGUUGCUGAGAAGACAAUACCUUCCGCGGACGGGCCUGUCCAAGGCAUCAAAUUAGAGCAGUAUAUAUUCGAUGCGUUUCCAUAUGCUCCAUCGGUGGCGAUUUUCGAGGUUGUAAGAGAGGAAGAGUUUGCUCCGGUGAAGAAUGCGAGUGGAGUGGACUCGCCAGAAUCGGCUCGAUUGUUACUUCUUCGCCUCCACAUGCGCUGGGUGGUAGCAGCGGGAGGUUUCAUUCUACACUCGGUGCCAUUACAUUUAACUGGAGUGGAGGUCAGUCCUUUGAUCUCGUAUGCAGGCGAAAAUCUCGAAGAGAUAUGUCAUGGACGGAGCUUUCAUGUCCCUUGUGAAAUACGCUAGAGGAAUUUUUUUUUUAAAAAAAAAACGAAGGUCAGUUUCUUGUGGAGUGAAUAAUGCGUUCGUGAUAUUCUGCGAUGGGGGCAGAAAUUUUGUCAUCUAGAAACUCAACUUUGCAAUAAAAAAAAAAACUGUUGAUAUAGUUA